AGCAACUAGCAGUGUUUUCGGAAAUUUAAUGCGUCGAUUUUCCAAAUGAUUGAUAUGAAAUGAGUGCGCAAAUUAUCAUACAGUUUUAGUGACAGAAGCAAAUUUGAUUCUCAACAGUAAAAGUUGAAAUAAAAAGGCAUUCAAAAUGUCGUCCAAGAGCUAAAUCCAAAGUAGAGUGAACAAUUCGUGACAUAAACUGAAUCAUAAACUCUUGGCGUAGGUGUUAAAUAAAGUAAGGAGUGCAACAACUGAAGCAAUUAAGGAAAGAUAAUCAGUAUAAGCAUGUCAACAUGGCAGAUCCCAAUAAAAAUAAUGGCCACAAUAAUCCCAGAAUCAUCAACGGGCACAAUUCACAAUUGGGGGCUAAUGCCACCACCACAACCACCACAGCCACCACAACCACCACAGCCACCACGGCCACCUCACCACCAACAACAACAGCAUUCCAGGCACCGAGUUCCCUCUCGAAUGUAUCGCAACAGGUGCAGAUGUGGUGCCAGCAAUGCAUGCGGAGGCUGAGAGGUGAGGCGCUGCGUCACACGGCCACAACAGGACCUAGCAGACAAUUCGCCCCCGAUGUGGGCACCAACACAGGACCAGCUGGCGAGGCGCCGUCCUCCGAUGAUGAUCCGAGUAGUGUGGAGAAUACAGAGGUAGACGGUGCCAUAAGGCCACAGCGGCUGAGACAGUCAAGACAGAAUCUGCCUCGUGAAAAUUGGAUUACAGCUUCCAAAAGAAAAUUGCUGGAAAAAGUCGGGCUUAAAAAACCCCCUUGUAAAGAUGAUGAUGAGCCCGUUCCGUUCGGUUCCGAUGUAGAGGAGGGAGAAAAGCGCGUCAUCGCAUUGAACGGGCCACAGCCGAUAAAUUAUUGUAAUAAUCGAAUAUCUACGGCAAAAUAUAGUGUUGUCAGCUUUUUACCGUCGUUCCUCUUUGAGCAAUUUAGACGAUAUUCCAAUUGUUUUUUCUUACUUAUUGCAUUACUACAACAAAUUCCGGAUGUUUCCCCAACGGGUCGCUACACAACACUGGUCCCACUCAUCUUUAUACUCUCCGUUAGCGCCAUUAAGGAAAUCAUUGAGGAUAUUAAACGACAUCGUGCAGACAAUGAGAUCAAUCAUCGAUUAAUAGAAAGGCUAGAAAAUGGCACGUGGACCACUGUGCGGUGGUCCGAGUUGUCAGUUGGCGACAUUAUAAAGGUGACCAUCGAUACAUUUUUUCCUGCCGAUUUAGUGCUAUUAUCCUCCAGUGAGCCGCAGGCGAUGUGCUUCAUUGAAACGGCAAAUUUGGAUGGAGAGACAAACCUAAAGAUAAGGCAAGGUGUGCCAUCCACAGCCAAAUUACUGGAAACAAAAGACUUGAUGCAAUUACAGGGUCGGAUAGAGUGCGAACUGCCAAAUCGACAGUUGUAUGAGUUUAAUGGCGUUCUCAAGGAGUUUGGCAAGCCAUCUGUGGCUCUUGGCAAUGAUCAAGUGCUUCAGCGUGGUGCAAUGUUGCGGAAUACCGCAUGGAUUUUUGGACUUGUCAUCUAUACGGGACAUGAAACGAAGCUGAUGAAGAAUUCGACGUCAGCGCCCUUGAAGCGAUCCACAGUUGAUAAGCUGACGAACACUCAAAUUCUGAUGCUCUUCAUGAUUCUGAUCUCGCUCUGCAUCACAAGCGGGCUGUGCAACUUGUUUUGGACGCAAAGACAUUCCGCAACGGAUUGGUAUUUGGGUAUCGGGGAUUUCAAGAGCAUGAAUCUUGGCUACAAUCUGCUGACCUUCUUUAUUCUGUACAACAACCUGAUACCAAUAUCACUUCAAGUCACCUUGGAGCUGGUACGAUUCCUGCAGGCGAUAUUCAUCAACUAUGACAUUGAGAUGUAUCACGAGGAGUCCAAUAUGCCAGCCAGUGCUCGCACCUCGAAUUUAAACGAGGAGCUCGGAUUGAUCAAGUAUGUGUUCUCGGAUAAAACAGGGACUCUGACGCGCAAUGUGAUGGUGUUCAAGAAGUGCUCGAUAGCCAGGCACAUUUACAAGCCAGAACGCACUCUGGAGGAAUCGGAACUGGUACAGAAUAUACUGCGGCGUCAUGAGACCUCCAGUGACAUUGAGGAGUUCCUUGUGUUGCUGUCCGUCUGCCAUACCGUCAUACCCGAGAAGAAGGACGAUGGCACAAUUGUCUAUCAUGCCGCCAGUCCGGAUGAGCGUGCCUUGGUCGAUGGAGCCAGGCAAUUCGGUUACAUCUUUGAUACACGCACACCGGAGUAUGUGGAGAUCAAUGCUCUGGGGGAGCGCAAGCGCUUCCAGGUCUUGAACGUGCUGGAAUUCACGUCGACACGCAAGCGAAUGUCGGUUAUUGUACGCACACCGGAAGGCAAUAUAAAGCUAUUCAUGAAGGGCGCCGAUUCGGUUAUAUAUGAGCGCUUAUCAUCGCGGAAUCAGGCGUACCGCGAUGCGACAUUGCAGCAUUUAGAGGAGUUCGCUUCCGAAGGUUUGCGUACGCUGUGCCUCGCAGUGGCCGACAUCGAUCCAGAAGUCUACGAGGAAUGGAAUCAAACGUACCACAAGGCGGCGACAUCACUGCAACAACGUGAGCGCAAGCUUGACGAUGCGGCCAAUCUCAUUGAGAUUAAUCUACGUCUACUCGGCGCAACUGCCAUUGAGGAUCGACUGCAAGAUGGUGUGCCCGAGACCAUUCAAGCAUUGCUCGAGGCGGGCAUUUACAUCUGGGUGUUGACUGGAGACAAACAGGAGACGGCCAUAAACAUCGGGUAUUCGUGUAAACUGAUUACGCACUCCAUGGACAUCAUCAUCCUGAACGAGGAGAGCCUAGAUGCCACCCGUGAUGUAAUUCUUCGACAUGCGGGCGAGUUUAAGAGCUCAACGGCCAAGGAUGCGAAUGUGGCGCUGGUCAUCGAUGGCAAGACACUAAAGUAUGCUCUGACCUGCGAUUUGCGCGGCGAAUUUCAGGAGCUUUGCAUCAUAUGCCGCGUGGUCAUCUGUUGUCGCGUUUCACCAAUGCAAAAAGCCGAAGUCGUCGAGAUGGUAACGCAGAGCACGAAGGCCGUGACCUUGGCCAUCGGUGAUGGAGCCAACGAUGUCGCAAUGAUACAAAAGGCAAGCGUGGGCAUUGGCAUUUCUGGCCAGGAGGGACUGCAGGCUGCCUGCGCCUCCGACUAUUCAAUUGCCCAGUUUCGUUUCCUGCGUCGCCUGCUUCUCGUCCAUGGCGCCUGGAACUAUGCACGCAUUAGCAAACUCAUCCUCUAUAGUUUCUACAAGAAUGUCUGCUUAUACGUGAUCGAGCUGUGGUUCGCUGUCUACUCCGGAUGGUCGGGUCAAAUUCUGUUCGAGCGCUGGACAAUCGGUCUGUACAACGUGCUAUUCACAGCGAUGCCCCCGUUUGCAAUUGGACUCUUUGAGAAGUUCUGCACGGCCGAAACGAUGCUAAAGUAUCCACUGCUCUACAAACCAUCGCAGAAUGCGAAAUUGUUUAACGUGAAAGUAUUCUGGAUAUGGAUAUUCAAUGCAUUGUUGCACUCGGUGUUUCUCUUCUGGCUGCCGAUGGCUGCGUUCAAGGAUGAAGCCAUUUGGUCUGAUGGAAAGACAAGCGAUUAUUUGUUGCUGGGCAACAUGGUCUACACGUAUGUCAUUGUCACUGUCUGCCUGAAAGCUGGCCUGAUCACAAGUUCGUGGACCUGGCUGACGCAUGCAGCCAUAUGGGGCUCCAUUGUGCUCUGGUUUACCUUUGUGCUCGUCUACAGUCACUUCUGGCCGACGUUAAAGUUUGCUAGCAACUUCGCAGGCAUGGACAUUCAACUGCUGUCCACGCCCGUCUUUUGGCUUGGUCUAUUCCUGGUGCCCAUUACCAGUUUGCUCAUCGAUGUGAUUUGUAAGCUAGUACAUAAUACAGUUUUCAAGACACUCACCGAUGCUGUACGUGAAUCGGAAAUUCAAAGCCAUGAUCCCUCCCAAGUGAUGGAAGAAUCACGAUCAUCUUUGGAAUCUGGUUUUGGCCAGCCAUCGAGAUCCAACCACGAACUAGUCGACAGAAAACAGAACGGAGGAUCAAAAAAGAGUUCGCCGUUCAAGGAUGCGGACGUUCCACAUCGUCAAUUACGAAUUGAAAAUUUGGAUUUCGAAGAAGAGAUCAGGGAUCAACAGCACUAUCGACGCAGACAACGUUGGCGAGCUGGUGCCCAAGAUGACAGCGUUGGCAGCGAGAUUCUGCACAUGUAGAAAGACACAUAGAAUAUUAAUGAUAAAAUGGUGUUUGUAUAUGUACAAUAUUUUAUGAUAUAGACAUUGUGUGAUUUGUAUGUCGUAACAAUAAUAAGUGUGAAAUGUCAUGAAUAAAUGGUUAAGUUUAAGUAUGUUAAGGUAUUAACUUAUCCACCAUACGCAAUAAUGUAUGUGCUCAGGGCGUGCUAAGCCAUUAACAUAUAUAUACCAUAUCCAUUCGAUCAAUCAGUAAUUAUUCAUGUAUAAGUAUUUGCAUAGGGAAUAAAUAAAAUAAUAAAACUGUGAUAUUGAGUACUGUAGCAUAUGAAUUGCGAGCAAUUAGCAACUUUUUUAAAAUGUGACAUUUUUUCAUAUUUUAUCUGUCUACCACUUACGACUAUGAAUGUAACUUAUUAGUAUUCUAAUAUGAGGAACGCUUUUGCUUUCUUCCUCUUUUUUUAAGAAUAUUCCACAGACGUAAGUAUAGCAUACUAUUGAGAGUCAAAUAAAAUUGAAAGCCUUUUUUAUUUCGCUCCAAUUUGUAUACUAUGCCUAUUGCUUUGCGAUUAUUUUAAAAGGGGAUUUAGUAAAAAGCUCGACAAAUGCUCAUGCUUAUCCAUAAAGUCUUUGUAUUACUGUUGUAUAUAUUUUAAUUAAAAGCUGUAGUCAACUUUUGACUGUACACAUACGCGUGUAUAGUAUUGAUUUUUUUCUUAUGAGCAAACAUGAUUAUACAUGUGAUAAAACAUACCAACGUCUCUAUAAAUGUACAAAUAAAAACAUAAAUAUAACGCAAUCCAGUUAACAAAAGUAAUCAAUAACAAGAAUGUCUUAAAUUAUGUAAACUAAAUAUUAUAUUGUUAUUUGCAUUUAACUGUUGCUGUAACUUUAAUUUAAAUCCAUGUUGAGUCUACUUCUUGAGCCGUCCUACAUCCCUAAGCUAUCCAAAAUUGAACCCAACCUGAGAAUUGUCAUCAAUUUGUGCGUAGUGAGCGCACUAUAAACUAUUAUUAUUAAUAAUGAAGGAUGUUCCGUCUUCCUAUCUCAAAUCAAUUUCACGAAAUAUUUCAGAGCAUACUUUUUGGAGCAGAUUAAAAUCUAAGUCAAGUUAACAUUCUUUCACACUCAUUCCAAUUUAUUGUUCUACAAAAAGUAUGCCGUGAAUACUUUGUUUAUUUAUUUUAUACAAUUUGUUGAAAUAUAUUUUAUAAUAAUGAUACUGAAUAAUACACAUGUUCAUAACAAAAA